AUGGCCGGUGCAGGACAACAAGGCGAACAGUCGCUGUCGUCGUCGUGGUCAACGUCUGCUGCUGCUACUACUGCUACUGCACAACCGCCGGGCCCGUCUCUGACGUCAACUUCCGACCCGGUUCUCGCGACGAACACCGCCGGCAGCCCUCCUCGUCCUCCUCCUUUCACGAGCUCGACACAGCCGACGCUGCAGCUGCGGAGAACCAGCAGUGGGGCUAAUAAACACAACGUCACGGGCGCGAGGCUGCCACGGCGUCUUACCGCCCAGGAGAGGCUGGACGGUAUACUAGAG